CCAUCGGGCUAGCCCAACAAUGGGUCCAACAACAACAAAAGCGGCCUCAACAAAAUAGUUUGGUUUGCUUUAUUUUUUAUUUUUCCACACAUCCAAAACGCCUUGCGUGGUACACUAAAAUCACAUUUAAUAGUCCAAACAAAAUUUAUUGUUGGGCUGCUCGCAGAUACAAUGAUAUUUUAGAGCUUCCAUUGUGACGAUGUGUUGUUUUAAUCUCUAUGAAAGACGAGCGCGCAUGCGCACAGCUCAGAGCGGCUCGAAACUCCCAUAUAAAUAGAUGGACAGCGGGGUCUAUGCUCAGUGCAGGUCUGUCAACGCGAAACGCGAGAUCAUCAAUUAACACGUAGUGCCCAGUCAAGGAGUCCUCAACUUGAAGCUCAAUCACAAUGAAAUUCUUGCUUUUGACCGUGUUCGUUUGCCUGGCUGUGUGCUUCAUGGCAACCAGUGCUGUGCCCGUGGAGGAGGCCAUACCCGAGGGAAUUGAGGGUCCCGGCAGCGAGCCCAUCAGCCCCACCGACGAUCAGUCUUUCCUGCUGAAGCUGAAGCUGCUCAAGAAACUGCUCUUCCUGGGUUAA